AUGGUUGAAGAAAGCGGCGAACAGGAGUAUCAGGUGGAGAGUAUUGUCACCCAUCUUGAAUACGUUGAGGCAUUCGAGCUCCGUGGUUAUAUUGUUUUUAAUCCUUCUACCGGUAACGGAUCAACACACUCAAAAUUUGUUUAUUUGGUCAAAUGGGUUGGAUAUGAGGAGUCGGAAAAUACAUGGGAGCCUGAGGAGAAUCUUGUCGACUGCACGGAGUUGUUGACAAUUUACAAACAGAAACACGGACUUCCACUGUACCAUGAAACGUUCAAUCGUCGUUUCAAUUGGAAGGAGCCUACUACGUCAAUGACGUUGGCAGAAGUAAAUCGAAGAGCUUUCAAGAAUCGCGAUCCAAUUACUUCGGCUUCUCAGCUAGUGAGAGAUCCUCCCACAAAGAGAAAACGAAGAACAAAGAGUGAUCUGGAUGAUCCGGAUGAUGAGCAGUAUACCGACGAGGAUGAUUACACUCCUCGAAGAAAGAGCAAGUCGUCUGCAGGAAAAACAGACACACCAAAGAAGAGAGGUCCCAAGAAACGCACAGGAACUGAAAGCGCUACCUCAAAGAGACUGGGUCGAAAACCACGCGCGAUCGAUAUUACAGAGGAGAGAAAAGAAAAGGGUAGCGAUGCCGGAAGUGGCGUUGAACUCGUGCGGUAUAUUCUUGAGGGAGCUUCGCAUCGCAGUAGGUCACCGGUCAAGAAGCUUCUUAGCACUCGCAGGUACUCAUCAGCUGAAAGGCUUCCAGAGAGGUGGCUGAAAGCUGUCGAGGAGAGCGCAAUUGAAGAUUGUGUGAAGAUGACUCGAGAGAAACUUGCCAAAAUGUUCACAGCUCAUUUCGUCAACUCCACAGAAGAGUUCUGUGACCGACGUAAGAUGAUAGUAUGUAUGCGUGAAAAGGAGCAAACUAGCGCAGACAAUGAGCAGCGGCAAUAUCGUGUGGUCGGUUCUAGUCUGCUCAAGAAGUUGUUGAAAGAAAGUGGCAUUGCAAACAAGCUACCCUUCCGUCAGCCGAUCACUACUCCAGAAAAAGUAGCUAGCCCACCAAGUCCAGUUGUUGCGCCAUCAGAAAAAACCUCAAGUUGUUUGGGAGCAAAGGAAAAAAACGACACCGGUGUACAUUCGAACGGAUUUCCCCUAUACAGAACCGGAUUCAGUGGCCAAGAGUGCUCAGUGGAUGAACUACGCGCACAUGCGCAUGAAUCGAGUCUCUCUGAUUCCCUCAAUUUCCUAAAAAUUAUUCGCGAGAAAGAUGUGUUUUUAACGGAUGACGAGCUGCUAGUUACUGCACUAAGUUAUGCCGAACUUUCUUAUAAAGUGACCAUCCGCGUGCUGAGGUCUGUUGCAGAAAAAAAGAAGAGACUUGAUAUAAUCAAGGAUCUUGUAGAAAACGUCCAUAUAAUCGGAAAUGUGAACUUGUCAAGACCACAAAAAUUGGAGGAGCUAUCCUCGUCACUCGCUUCGCAGCUUGUUGAGUCCGAUCUUGCUACUGGUGACUGGUUCGAACCAAUAUCCCAUUGCUCUGCUGCUCACUGGAAGUGCAGGCUGCUCUACCAAUUUAUCGCUUUAUGUCCUGUUCCGGAGGUUUUCUUCGCGCCAUCUUCGCCCUUCAAUCUCAAACAGUUUCUAUACUGCAUGCGAUAUGGUGCGCAUUGUCAAAAGCUGGCGUUUAUCAAAUGCGGUGUUCCUUUUGGGCAAGAAAAUAUUCCAUUCGAUUAUUUCGGAGUUAGUGUGGACCACUGUCAUAUCGCCGCAAUGCAGAAAAAUCCUCGAUAUUUGUUCGAAUUUAUUCAAAACGGGUUUGAUGUGAAUUCUUUGACGACAAAGCCAUCCUCGAGAAGUGCAUGUUUUGAUUUGACGGUUUCUGCUUUUUUGGAGAAGUUGGUCAACUCUAACAAAUCGAACGCUCUAAGCAAUGAACUCGCUCCUCAGUUGACCGAUGAGGCUCAUAAACACCUCAUCAAUGUAAUCGGUAUAAUAUCCGAUUGGGACAAUGUUUUGAAAUCAUUUGUUCGAGACGUUGUUGAGCAGAAACUGAGAUGCGAUCAGCGCUGCGAGGUGAAUUUUGGUCGCGCUGUUUCACCAGUGCACAUACUUCGCGUUUCUUCAUGUCAACCAGAUGAGAUUUCUGUGAGAACAACUCUUUUUGGAGAUAUUCCCACACCCAUACUUAGCAGAAUUGUCAAUAUGGUUCACAGCGGGAAGUCAGCGGUGGUUCUUUGUGUCUACACAGUGUCUGUCAGUUAUCAACCAAUUACACAAUCUUCUCCUGGUGGAUGUGCGCUUCCUCUUCGUCUACUUCGAAGAGUUAUAUCAGACUGUUCAGUGCGUGACGCGAGCUUACAUGAUCUCUUGGGAGAUUUUCACUUCGCAUUGACUCCCGAUGAGUCGUCGUCAUCGUGUUGGGAGUGGUAUUUUGUAAUGGACGCUGAGACGUUGAGUCAUAUUUCGACUAACACAAUGAGAUUGCGCCUAAAAAUGAAUGCUCCUCCUGAUUCACUUUUUCUUGCCCAAUUUGUUGUUGUAACAAGGAAAGAAUUUGACGAUGUUGCUUUACUAUAA